CAUUUUUAGUGGAUGGAGAAUAUGUGGUAGUUCAACUUCUACUCUACUCUACUCUACUCUACUCUACUUCUACUCUACUCCCCUUUAAACACAUACCACACGAUGGUCAUGACUACCUUAACCACGGUAACCGUGGUGACUGUCCUGAUACUGUCCUACUCUCAGUUAGCCCUAGCUAACACCGAACCUGAAAACCCGAUUGCUGCCACUGCAGCCACUGACCUGAGUGGACUGUACAACUCUUUACUUGAUAAGUACAUGCAGCCUGGCUUCUGGCAUGGCUUCUUUGUGUCCCUGGCAGUCAUCAUCGUCUCCGAGAUAGGAGAUAAAACGUUUUUUAUCGCCGCUAUCAUGGCUAUGAAGCAUCCCAGAAUGUUGAUAUUCAGCGCGGCUAUCGGCGCAUUAAUUGUAAUGACGAUAUUAUCAGUAGUUUUGGGCUUCAUAACUACAAUCAUCCCUCAAGUGUACACUUUCUACGCUGCAACGUUUCUCUUUGUUAUAUUCGGACUACGCAUGUUAUACGAGGGUUAUCACAUGAACGAUGACGAGGGACAGGAGGAGUUAGAAGAGGUCCAGAUGGAGCUGAAGAAAAAAGAGGAAGAGCUUGAUAACCAGAAGACCGUAUCAGAUCUGGAAACUGGAGCAAGUGAGACUGCGGCAGUUAGCAGUACACCCUCUCCUAUCGGCUCUAUCUUUAAAUCUAUUUUCUCACCCAUAUUUAUAACUGCAUUUACAAUGACGUUUCUAGCAGAAUGGGGCGACCGGUCACAAAUUACUACUAUAAUAUUGUCCUCUAGGGAGGACCCGUGGGGAGUAUGUAUAGGUGGGUGUUUUGGGCACAGUUUGUGCACCGCCGGCGCUGUUAUUGGUGGCCGGAUGAUCGCUCAACGUAUAUCAGUUCGAACAGUGACACUGAUAGGAGGGGUUGUUUUCCUAUUGUUCGCAGUUUCUUCUCUGUACCGAGGUCCCAGUUAGCAUAUCCAGAUAAUAUCAACAUUCAACCUCACGAUAUCAUCAUUAAACAUCAAGAUAUCAGCAUUCGACAACAUAAUGUCAACGUUAUAUUCUCGUGUGUGAGUGAAAAUUAAGUUUUAUUAGGUUUGUUCAGAGUUGGAUUACUACAAGUUACUCCGCUCAACAUUAUCAUAAUCGGAUAAGCCCUGGAUGUUAAACUCAUCAUGAAAGCUUUUAUUUAACAUAAUUGUGUUUUGCUAUUUGAGUGGAAUUUUAUUUUUACAUUCCUUCUUCCUCUUGGGAUAGAACCAAGCGGCCUAGUUAUUAGAGUUUUAUUUUUGGUAUUAAUAUUAUGGUUAUUUCAGAAGGCCUUCCUUUUGAAAUGCAUAAUUUAAUCACGUUUUUCCAAACAUUUGUCUAAGUUAAAAGGUAAAACCGUCCUUUUUAACAUAAACCCAUUUAAACUAAAUUUGUUUUAGGUUUGAAAAUUAUUUACCAAUUAUUUCGGAUAAUGCUCUGUGUUAAGAAGUUUAAAUAAUUAGAUUAAUUUAUUUUCACUCUAGUCAAUGUAAGUUUGUAAAAAUCACAUGAUAUCACAUUCCUGAUGUUUGUUUAGGUUGAUGUUUUGGUUAUUGAAAUAUUUAUAAAGGGCGUAUGAAUAUAAUAAUCCGUAAUACUUCUAGAUUUGCUUUAACAAAAGUACCUUUGCUAAUAUGUAAUAUCUAAACCAUUUAUUUUUAACGUCAACUGAUACCA